CCUAAAUACUUUCAGAAGUCUCCUCAUAACACGGCUCGACAUUGAAGUUGAAACACGACUCAUCCGUGAAUCAGUUUUCCGUAAGCAACAACGCGAUCGACACAUACGGUAGCGUAACAAAAAAAAAAAAACAACACAGAAUUCAUCAUCUCAGUAAUAAUAAUAAACAGAAAUUCUAAAUUUAUUACACAAGUAACACAUACAUACACAUGGUACACAAAUAUUUUGUAAGAAAUAUAAAAAUUGAAGGAAAAAAAAACACGGAGAAAAAUCCAUAAAGAAAAGUGUUGACAAAAGAAUGUAAAAAAAAGUUAAAUAUAGCAAAAAUUUAAUUAUUUAUAACCAAAAAAAUUAAGGAAAAGUGAGACUAAGUACACCCAGGUGGAACACACAAAUAAAACUUGGAAAAAAUAUAUUUUUACGAAGAAUAAUAAUUUGUUAACAAAAGGCAAAAAUAAAAAUCAAAAAAAUUUUAAAUAAAAAUUUAAGAGGAAAUAAAUCUCUUGAGAAAGUUCAAUAAAUCAGAAGAGAAAUAAGGAAAGUGUUAGAACAGUGUUUAAACAACAUCAGCAACAAUAAUAACACCACAAAUCCCCAAAAGCAGUUUAACAAAACGCAUUUAGCAUCGCACGUAUCACUUACAUGGAUUAACCUGUUAAAGCCAAAUGGAUUACCACAAAUGGAUUACAAAUACGGAUUAAAAACAAAUAAAGAAAAAUGAUUAACAAAACAUUUAUAAACCACAAAUAAUUAUCCAAACGGCCCCCAAAUUUUGAUAACAACAAAGCAAGCUACAAAAACCCAUAUUUUUUUGGAUAAAACCCCUCCAAAAAAAAGGAUAACGCUCAAAUCUCCCCCUUUUUUACAUAUAACCCGCCAAGAAACACAACCCCCCACAUACACAAAAUGAAUAUGCAAACAGAGACAACAACAAAUCGCAGCCUUAACACCACCAACAACAACAAUGCUGCCACAAAUUCCAACAAACACAAUGAACAAAUAGCCAGUAGUUCAACUGGUGGGGCCACAAAUCGGGCCACGGCUCCAGAACCGGCACGCAGUCCCUCGCCGGAUGGCACACGGGAUUAUGAUGUAACACGCAUGAGAGAAGAAGACUUUGAACGUUUGGCCGUCUACAUUGUACCCGAUGUUCAGUGUGAACGAGGCCUGGCCAAUCGGGCCGACAAGACCCUGCCACGCAGUUUAACACUCAAACCCUCGCUGGUGUUUUCAUCAGCCAAUGUAAAGACUGAAGGUGUUUGGAGCACCGGCGUUAUACCCAGAGGCACCCGUUUUGGUCCCUUUGAGGGUGUGCCCACACCACACUAUCCCAAUGAUCCCAAUACGGCCCGCUACUUUUGGAGGGUGCAGGGAACACGCCAUAUAACCUAUGGGAAUAUAAAGAUCUUCAAAGAUGAUGAUUUUUAUUAUUUGGACGGCUCCGAUCGUUCCCAGGCCAAUUGGAUGCGUUAUGUGGCCUCAGCCUACAGUCUGGACACCAUGAACUUGGUGGCCUGCCAACAUCAGGAAAACAUCUACUUCUAUACCACCCGCGAUAUAAUGCCCAAUGAGGAGUUGAUGGUGUGGUAUUGCAAGGAUUUUGCCAAACGUUUGGGUUAUGAUGUUGACCCCGAACGUACUUUGCUGGGACCCGACGAUGAUGAGCCAGAGCCAGAAGCCGAGGAAGAUGUUGACGCGGAGUAUGCCACCGGCUGUCACAAAAAGUCACGCUCCUGUACCCCAUCGUAUAGUAUGCCUGCUCCUGAAAUUCCUCCAGAGAUUGCCUAUAAUCAUAUAAGCUAUGUUAUGGGUUUGCAUUUGCCGCCACCGGUGGCCAGCACAACCGGCAGCCUACCAAAUGCCAGACGUUCACGAUCACCCACACUGAGUCCCUCCCCGCCAGCCAAUAAUCAGCAACAACAACAACACCAAGCUCAAAUCACAACACACCCGCACAUACAACACAGCCAAGGAUCAUCGAACACAACGGCGGCGGCACGUUCUCUCAUCCGCCACACCCAUCAUCAAAAUGUGUUGCAUUUAAAACAGGAACCUGCCACAGUCAUUGUCCAGGACCACUGUGACCCCAAGGAGCCUUUGCUGGGCGGUUCUCCCCUCUCCCAAAAGGAAGCACCCUAUGAACACCAGCUAACACCCAAUGAUGGUAGUGUACGUUCCGUGCGCUCCGAUGAGGGUUAUCACAGCAAUGAGUAUCACGAGGAUCGUCUAACGCCCUCCGGCGGCGAUGACAGCGACAGUGAAAGUGAGCACAACUAUGUUUUGGAUUGUUCCAAGAAGGCAAUAGCUCCCAAAGAAACGGUGAUUGCCCACUCGCAAAAGGCCUGUGCCGCCAGUACCACUAACAGCUCCAGUAAUGGUGUCAGUGCCACUACGGCUGCUGCCACAGUGGAGUGCGGCAAGAAUGAAUUCCGCCAACUAAAAGUUAAAAUGCCACUGAAAUACGAGUUUAAGAAUAGCAUCAAGACUGAGGCAACAAAUGCCACCACCACCUCCAGCAGCAGCACCACGACCACCACAAAUGAACUGCAGGCGGCCACCUCUAGUGAGGAUGAAACCCAGCGACCAACCUGCACCUCAUCCACGCAAAUUGAUGAGCUAAUGGAUGCCAGUGCCGAUUCCUGUAGAUCCAGCAACCGGCUAAUGGAGUCACCAGCUACAACAACCAGCAGCAACAAUACCACCACCCAGCCAGCUUCCAGUACCGUCAUUGUCCUGGAAAACAGCCAAAAACGCACAAUUGUCCCGCUGAUCAAACCCUACUAUGAGGCCGAAUCCAGCUCACCACCACCACCAGGAGUGGGCGGUCAAGGUUACAUACGUUAUACACCACCCUCCAGCAUUUUGGAAACCAUACUGACGGGACAACAUCAACAUCGCUUGGAAACGGCGGCGGCAGCGGCCGCUGCUGCAGCAGCUGCUGUGGCCUGUCACCAGGCCAAUUCGGCCACACCACCCCCCUCAUCGCCCACUGAAAUGGCCUAUUCCUAUAAGAAAUCCCAUCGUUAUGGCAAUGCUGUUAGCCCUGACUCCUCAUCGAAUAACAUGGCCGUUGGCAAUGGUGGUGGGGAUCACUCCGGACAUGAGGUCGACGCCGAUCUACAUUUGAAUUCCAAAAAGGAACUCUGCUCAUCACCACUCUCCAAUGGACACCCUGCACAUCAUGUGCUCUUCUCACCCCAUGGGGUCCAUGCCGCUGCCUAUGUCAAUGAUGGCCAGCACACACCACCCUAUUCCACAUACUCCUCAUAUUCCAACAGCAGCUUGAACGGCCAAACGGUUAGUGUUCUGCAUGCACCCACCUCCACGUUCCAUUCGCCACCACACAGUGCUCAAUCGCCCUUCGACAGGCAAUCACAUUCCUCCAGCGGUUCCCAGCAAAAUCUCCACAUGCUACAGGGUAGCAGUCAAAUGCUCAAUCAUCCGCUCAUGCAACCCCUUACCCCGCUGCAAAGACUUUCGCCCCUAAGGAUUUCACCACCCAGCUGCCUAAGUCCUGACGGAAAUUCAUGUCCACGCAGCGGAAGCCCCCUUAGCCCCAAUUCCUUGGCCUCGCGGGGUUAUCGCUCCCUGCCCUACCCCCUCAAAAAGAAAGAUGGUAAAAUGCACUACGAAUGCAAUGUCUGCUGUAAAACCUUUGGCCAGCUCAGCAAUCUGAAGGUACAUCUACGCACCCACUCGGGCGAGCGGCCAUUCAAGUGCAAUGUUUGUACGAAGAGCUUCACCCAACUGGCCCAUUUGCAGAAACACCACCUGGUCCACACCGGCGAAAAGCCGCACCAGUGUGACAUCUGUAAGAAGCGUUUCUCGUCGACAUCGAAUCUGAAGACCCAUCUACGGCUGCACAGUGGCCAGAAACCCUAUGCCUGUGAUCUGUGUCCCCAGAAGUUCACGCAAUUUGUCCACCUGAAGCUGCACAAACGUCUGCACACCAACGAUCGGCCUUAUGUGUGUCAGGGUUGUGAUAAGAAAUACAUUAGUGCCUCCGGCCUGAGAACCCAUUGGAAGACGACCAGCUGUAAGCCGAACAAUCUGGAGGAGGAAUUGGCCAUGGCUGCGGCGGCGACCACGGAAUGUUUGGACAAUGACCACCCCGAACCCGAUUCCCGUGAGGCCUUCGAGCAAAUGCAACAACACAUGAAUCCUCACCUGAGACAUAUGAACGGCUCUGCCGCUCAGGACCAUUUGAAUGCCCAACGUGUCUUAACGCAUCCGCAGCAGCAGCAGCAACAACAUUUGGCCCAUUUGCAGAGUCAACAUGUCAGUAUGAUGCAUCAACAUUUACCACCACCACACAAUGCCAGUAUGCUACUGACCACCGCCAAUCAGCAACAAUCUCCAGCGCAAACUAUGCAUCAGGUGCAUCAGCAACAUUUACUGCAGCAACAACAACAGCAGCAGCAAUCGCUGAAAGUUAAACCCCAAAUCCAUAUGAUGCCCGGUGGUGUGGUACAUGAUGGUGGCAAUGGUCCCACACAUGCCCAGGUGGCAGCUGCGGCGGCGGCCCAUGCUGCAGCGGCAGCAGCAGCUGCUGCCCAUGCCGCAGCCUCGGGACAUUCAUUGGGACCGGCCCAAGAUAAUCGCCCCUCCGUUAUAGAAUCCAGUCAACCCAUGAUUAUAGAAUGUACGUAAAUGCGGCAAGGACGCGAAAUGUCCCAGCCAGACAUUAUGGAUAAGCAGCAGCAUGGCCGUAAAAUGGGGAGAACCACAAGGUUUCGGUAUCGAAACCCCAUGGCCCCAGAAAAAAACCCAAUGCCUAAACAGAUUCCUCUAUAGAUAACCAAGUGCAAUACACAAAUCGGUAUUAUUAGAAAAUAGAGAACUUCUUUUGAAAGAAGAGAAGCUUUGGAAUUUCUCUGAUUUUCUAAAUUAAGAAAACUCUUAACAAAGAAUAGCUAAAACAAAAAUUCUUGAUAGACGAUCUCAACAAUUGGCAGCCAAUUACAAAAAAAAAAACAAGCAAGAAAAACAUACCCGCCCUUCAAAACACAACCAAACAAGACUAGAAAAGUAAACAAAACCCCCCUCCUGUCCCCACUCAAAUUAAAUUGAUAACAAGCCCCUGGUCUAAGCUCUUUUGUAAAUAAUUAAAAAAUAGUGUGUUAAACGCGCUUUUUCCCAACAUUCCCUCCUCGCCGACCCCCUUUCUCAACCCUACCAAAUCUUGUCUAUUAUUAAUAACAAUCAAAAACAACAAAAAAAAAAAAACAUUUAUAUAUAAACCAUACUCCGAUAUUGUCUUAUAACUUCUAUAAAGCAAAAGAGAAAGCAAAAACAACAAAAAAAAAAAAACAUUUAUAUAUAAACCAUACUCCGAUAUUGUCUUAUAACUUCUAUAAAGCAAAAGAGAAAGCGAAAAAAGUGCAUUUAAACAAACAAAAAAUUAUAAACAUUUGAUAAUAUUUAAUAAACAAAAAAACAUCACCAUAGCAAGAUACAAACUACAUACAUACAUACACACAUAGCAUCAUAAAAAGGAUAUUCAUAAAAUAAAUAAAAAAAACAAUUUGUAAAUAUCGUUAUAACAACAAAUAUCAAAUUACAUAAAAGUUGCCUUAUUUCAUUAGAUUUAUUAAUUAUUAAUUAAUUAAAUAUACAUAAACUAUUAUUAGUAUGAACAACAACAACAAGAGAAAUUAUUAUUGUAAUUAAAACAAAAAGAAAAGAAAAUUAAAUUAAUUAAUUAUUUUUUUCUUCAACUUAUCAGAGGGAAAAAUCACGAAGAGGUCCACAUCAGUGAUAUUUUUUUCGUAUAGAGAAAAAAUUAUCACAUCAGUGAUAUUUUUUUCGUAUAGAGAAAAAAUUAUCACAUCAGUGAUAUUUUUUCGGUAUAGAAAAAAAAAAUAUCUCAUCAGUGAUAUAUUUUACGUAUAGAAAAAAUGUAUCACCAGUGAUAUAUUUUCUCCGUAUAGCAAAAAUAUAUCACCAGUGAUAUAUUUUCUCCGUAUAGCAAAAAUAUAUCACCAGUGAUAUAUUUUCUCCGUAUAGCAAAAAUAUAUCACCAGUGAUAUUUUUUCUCCGUAUAGCAAAAAUAUAUCACCAGUGAUAUUUUUUCUCCGUAUAGAAAAAAUAUCACAUCAGUGAUGUAUUUUCUCCGUAUAGAAAAAAUAUCACAUCAGUGAUAUAUUUUCUCCGUAUAGAAAAAAUAUCACAUCAGUGAUAUAUUUUCUCCGUAUAGAAAAAAUAUCACAUCAGUGAUAUAUUUUCUCCGUAUAGAAAAAAUAUCACAUCAGUGAUGUAUUUUCUCCGUAUAGAAAAAAAAAUCACAUCAGUGAUAUAUUUUCUCCGUAUAGAAAAAAAAAUCACAUCAGUGAUAUAUUUUCUCCGUAUAGAAAAAAUAUCACAUCAGUGAUAUAUUUUCUCCGUAUAGAAACAAUAUCACAUCAGUGAUAUAUUUUCUCCGUAUAGAAAAAAUAUCACAUCAGUGAUAUAUUUUCUCCGUACAGAAAAAAAUAUAUCAUCGGUGAUAUUUUUCCGUAUAGAGAAAAAAUACCAUCGGUGAUAUUUUUUCCGUAUAGAAAAAAAUAUCAUCGGUGAUAUUUUUUCCGUAAAGAAAAAAAUAUCAUCGGUGAUAUUUUUUCCGUAUAGAAAAAAAUAUCAUCGGUGAUAUUUUUUCCGUAUAGAAAAAAAUAUCAUCGGUGAUAUUUUUUCCGUAUAGAAAAAUAUAUCAUCGGUGAUAUUUUUUCCGUAUAGAAAAAUAUAUCAUCGGUGAUAUUUUUUCCGUAUAGAAAAAUAUAUCAUCGGUGAUAUUUUUUCCGUAUAGAAAAAUAUAUCAUCGGUGAUAUUUUUUCCGUAUAGAAAAAUAUAUCAUCGGUGAUAUUUUUUCCGUAUAGAAAAAUAUAUCAUCGGUGAUAUUUUUUCCGUAUAGAAAAAUAUAUCAUCGGUGAUAUUUUUUCCGUAUAGAAAAAUAUAUCAUCGGUGAUAUUUUUUCCGUAUAGAAAAAUAUAUCAUCGGUGAUAUUUUUUCCGUAUAGAAAAAAAAGUAUCACCAGUGAUACUUUUUCUCUUUAGUAUAUUUCGCGCUUCAUCAGUGAUAUUUUUUCCCAUUUGGAGAAAAAAAACUUUCGGGUUUUGCUUGGAUUUCUCCUUUCUGAUGAGUUCUGAAAGAAACAUUUUCGUUUUGUAAAAUUAUUGAAAAAAUAUAUAAAUAGUGUAUAAUUUGUCUCUAUACUUGUAGAUGAUUUUCAUUUAAUAUUUGUAGCGUAGUUUAAUGAGUAAUUAAAAGAGGAAGAAAAAAAAACAAAAUCGUAGCUGAAAAAUCGGUGCUUUUAAAAGCCUGGUUUCAUUUGGUAUCUGAAUUCGGGGAAAUGAUGGAAAUUUCGAAUGCAAUCUUAGAGACAGAUUACAAAAA